UCAGAAUAAUGGAAAUAGCGUGUGUCCUGUGUGUAAUGUUACUAACCCUCCUGCAGGGGGCGGUCUUGCUCAGAGCCAUGACGCACUGACCACUGCAGACAUACCUGAAAGAGGUGCAGAUAAAAAAGACACACUUCACAAAAACGUUGUUAUGAAUAUUUCAUUCUCAAAUACUGAAUCACAGAUGCUGGUUGUUAUAUUCAUGGAUGGUAACAGCUCGGACAUAAUCAAGGAAACAUUGCAAGUUAAAUAAACAUUAACACAUGUGGCUAAAUUGCUCUUUGACACAAGCUCCACUCUGCGCCAUCAUGAACCUGGUACUGAGGAUUGAGAUCAACAUGAGCCUCGUUUCGUAGUCGCCUCUGAGGAAUUCCAAUCAUGUUAUGGUCAUAUAAGCAAGGCUUUUACUGUGAUUAGACUUGAGACGGCUUAAGGGUCUGUUGCAAACAUCAGAUUUCUUCACAUUAGCAGCGAGGCACAGGCUGGUGAGUACCCUCUUUUUACACUUUUGGUUGACACAUUGUAAUUUAACAAAUGUUAAGUUACAUUCUCAGCCAUAGAAACUAGCCUUUUUCAUGACAUUGGUAUUUUUAUUUGGUGAAAGCUUUUAAUCCAUGCAUUUUAUUAAUUCAAUCAAAUAAUGAAGGAUUUUUGCAUUCUUGCAUUCUCAACAAUGCCACACAAUUUCUAUACAAUCUUUCUGUUUGGGAUUCCAAAGUAACAUAAGAGAAAUCUGUUGAUCCUCUAGUAAAUUAGUUGGGCAAAUUAAUUCCAUGCAUUGGUGAAGAGGUAAACAACUAUGAUAAGGUGAUCUGACUAAUGUGGUAAAAGAUCAAAAUCUUUAAAAAUGUUUUUUUUUAAGCAUAUUUGAAAGGUGAAUCUUUAAAGACUUACAUGUUAUCAGUGUAGGUGGCCUGUGGAGCGGGUUUAGCAUCAUGGUGAGUCUGACUUCGGUCCUGAAGGCGGUGACCUUGUUCGUUGCCGAGCUCAUCAGCUCCGUCACAGACUGGUUCCAGUCCGAACCGGGAUGGGCCAAACUAGAAGUGCUGGAGGAAACAGAGCUGAAGACCACUGGAGGGGUGCAUGAGAGACACACUGCCAAAACUCUGUGGGACAAGACUGGAGCUGUGGUCAUGGUUGUACGGCGACCCGGAUGUAUAUUGUGCAGAGAGGAGGCCGCUGAGCUGUCCUCUCUGAUGUCCCAGCUGCAGGAUCUUGAAGUCCCUCUGUUUGCCGUGGUAAAGGAAAACAUUGGCAAGGAGCUGGACUGCUUCAAGAAGUACUUCUCUGGGAAAGUCUACGUGGAUCAGAUGAGAAAUUUCUACGGCCCUAAAGAGAGGUGGAUGUUUCUCUCCAUGUUCCUGCGUGUUGGGGUGUGGAGAAACAUCUGGCGGGCAUACAGGAGGGGCUUCAGUGGAAACCUAAGAGGUGAAGGACUGGUUUUGGGUGGAGUCUUUGUCAUCGGGCCCGGGGAUCAGGGUAUUCUACUGGAACACCGCGAGAAGGAGUUUGGGGAUAAAGUGAAUUUGCUGGCGGUACUCAGAACAGCCCGCAAAAUGCAUGACCACGUGGUCAGAUAAAAUAUGUAAAUCAAUGGAAUUUUGGAGGGCCGUUACAUAAUAAUCGUUGCAACAUGCUUCAAUUUGUAUUUCUGUAUUCUUUAAGCCUAUCCCAGAAGUUUUCUCUACACCAUAGCUGAGCCUCUAACAGGCUGUGUUCUACUCAAAUUGCAUUUGUAAAUGUAAAUCCUUUCUAAAAUAUAUGAUAUAUAUUAUACUAUAGUUAUGCAGUGUCACAACUUUGUGGUUAAUAUGUUCCUUUAACUAUUUAUUUGUCUCGCUGUCUGCUGUACUGGCCCCUGGUUGUGUGAUGGUCUUUUGUGGGUUUUAAUGAAGAUCUGUUUCUAAACAACUCUGAUGCUUGCACACAGAUCAAACAUGUAACAGCCUCGACAUGCCAUGGGGGAGAUUGAACUGUUAAAGACAUUAAACGC